AUGGAGGUCUACGUAGAUGACAUGGUAGCAAAAACACCUAUGCAAGGGUCACACUGUGACGACUUAGUAGAAAUCUUCAAACAACUCCGAGCAUAUAACAUGAGAGUCAACCCAGAUAAGUGUGCGUUCGGAGUACAAGGAGGGAAGUUCCUUGGAUUCAUGUUAACAUCUCGAGGCAUUGAGGCCAACCCAGAAAAAUGCAAAGCCGUACUGAACAUGACAAGCCCAAAGACAGUGAAAGAAGUUCAACAACUAGCAGGGCGAAUAGCCGCCCUGUCACGUUUUCUACCGGCAGUGGCAAAACGAUCUUAUCAUUUUUUCCAAACAUUCUCCAAAGGCAAGAAAUUUGCAUGGACAGACGAAUGUGAGAACUCCUUUACUGAACUCAAACAGCUCUUAACAUCACCACCAAUCCUCCAAAGGCCUGAGACAGACCAACCACUGAGGCAGAUACUAACCAGACCCGAGCUCGCCGGCCGACUAAAAAAAUGGGCAAUCGAGCUCUCUGAAUUCGAUAUUCAAUACGAACCAAGGAAGACACUGAAGUCACAGGUGCUAGCCGACUUUAUAUCGGAAAUGACUAACGAUACACAAUAUACAGAGGUUAGUUGGAGCAUGCAUGUGGAUGGAGUGUCAAACAAAGAAGGCAGUGGAGUAGAAAUUCUACUAAAGGAAGGAGACAAAGUGGUGGCCGAGCAGUCACUACAGUUCCGCUUUAACGCAAGCAACAAUCAGGCAGAAUAUGAGGCCCUACUCGCUAGACUAAAGCUCGCCCUACAACUGCAAAUACCUCGAAUAACAGCCUACUGCGACUCUUCAUUAGUGGCCCCAGACUGGCGAACACCUUUUCUCGAUUACAUCAACACAGGCACUAUGCCAAAUGACGAGCCGAACUUGCCGCUCUUCCGAAGAAGAGCAAGCUUCUAUAUAGUGCUAGGAAACACUUUGUACAGACGAGGACACUCCCGACCACUCCUUAAAUGCAUCAGCUGGGAGGAGGCCGAGGAUGUCAUGGCCGAAACACAUGAAGGAGUCUGCGGCAACCAUAUCGGCGGCCGAGCUUUAGCAGCAAAGAUCCUGCGAACAGGAUAUUAUUGGCCGACAAUAAAACGGGACUGCAUCUCCAAAGUCAAGGCAUGUGAUAAUUGUCAAAAGCACGCCACCCUCUCGGAGACCCCGGCCGAAGAACUCCAUACCAUAGAGGGCUUAAAGAAAAAGCUCGGCGACGCUAAGGGAGAAUGGGCCGACCUCAUUCCUGAAAUUCUAUGGAGUUACAAUACCAGCAUUCAAUAUGCCACAGGAGAGACCCCUUUCAAACUAGUAUAUGGCGCAGAAGCACUUAUCCCAGUAGAGGUCAGCGUCCCAACAUUAAGGACCGAGCUCUAUGAUCAAUCGAAUAACCUACAAGCUCGGACAGCCGAAUUGGACCUUGUAGAAGAAGAAAGAGACAUUUCCGCCAUAAAGCAGCGAACCAGAAAACAAUACCUAGAGCAAAGACACAACAGAAAAGUAGUUCACAGGUCUUUCAACAAUGGGGACCUCAUACUCAGACGCACAGAAGAAGCCCGAAAACCCCCGGCACAUGGCAAAUUGGCAGCAAACUGGGAAGGGCCUUUCCAAGUUCUUCAAAAUCUUGGAAAGGGGGCUUACAAGCUCGAAACCCUUCAAGGAGAUCAACUUCCAGGAACAUGGAACAUCUCCUCCCUAAGAAAAUAUCAGUCAUGA